AUGAUAUUAUUUACUACCCUUUCAAAUCCUUCAUGUACAAAAAUAAACAAAAAUGAGGAAAGUAUUUUAAAAAAAAUAAAAACAAUUGACGAUGAAUACAUAGAAUGUGAAAUAAACAAUAAAAAAAAAAAAUGGUCUGAAUAUAAAUUGGCAAAAGAAUUUUACAAAUAUAAUCAUAAUUUAAUAUGCCUAAAAAAAUAUGAAUAUAAUCCUUUUAAAAAAAUAUGUCAAAAAAAUUUCUCUUUUUUAAAGGAAGGGGAAAGAUACUACACAUCCAAUGAUAAGUUGCAUAAAAGGCAUUAUAAGUUAAUAUUCGAAAAUUUAAUGAAUUCACCAUCUAUUCAAAUAUCAUUUUGUGGAAUUAUCAUGACAGCUAUUGCAUGGCUAGUUGAUUUAAAAAAUAAAAGGUUUAAAAAAUAA